GUGAUGCGAUUACAUAGCCUCUCCUUUCCAAGUGUCAACCUCGCCCACUCAUGGUGGCCCCUGUUAUCGCAAAAGAGGCACUGGCGAAAACGUUAAUUCACAAUGGCAUGCAGUUUAUAAACAAAUACCAAAUACCAUCGUAUCGUACCAGAAAGCAAAUUCCCAAUCAUGGCCCAAGUAUAAGGUCCCCCUUCCAGGCCAGCUGACUACCAAUGCAGGAUAUAUGCAAAAUCCCGAGACGACGAUUUCUGAUUACAUUACAAUGGGUCAGGACUGGCAGCAUGACUUCAUUAAAAUAAAAAAUCGCGGAGCGAAUUAAUCUAAAAACAGCUGUUAUUUUACCAGAUCAAAUGUCAAAAUUCAUGCUUGAGGCGAAAAAAAAUAUUUUCGCCUUGACAGAAGAAUUUUGUGGCGAAUAUGUUUCUUGUCAUUUUUUGUAUGUAUAACACAUGGUAGAAAAAUACAGGUAGACGCAUCGACGCAGCUGCUGGGACAAUGAACCGUCAAACCGAUUUUGAAAUUAAAAAUGUUAAACGAAAAAUUGUUGAUAUUUGUAAAAAUUGCAUGCCAUAACAACCUCCAGUUUGCGUCGUAUUAGAAAACGUAAAAAAAUCUACUUAUUUUUGACAAAACAUUUUAACAAUUUUGACAUAUCAAUGUUCCCAAACAAGCAAUCAAUUUGUCAUCUGUCAUCAUGUGUAAUAAAUAAUAAGUCGAGCCCAAAAGCACAGACAAAAUAGAUGCAUAUGUAUUUUGUUAUGCGCUUGGAAAAGAUUUUUCUUUGGUGAACAAUAAACUCAAUAGCUCAGAUUGGGAAAAUAAAAGAAUAAAAAAGAUUGGAAUUAUAUACAAAAAUAGCUAUAUUAUCAGUGUGUGUUCAAUACGUUUGUGAUUUUUGAAAUAAAAUAAAAAAGAAUUUACCAAAACAGAAUUAAUAGAAAUGACAUUAUUGCAAAAACUGAAAGAUCAAGGCUGGUACUUGACACAGGAAGGCCUAAAAAAGCUGACCACUGAUGUACAAACGGAAGAUGUGCAGAAAAUUAUUAAGGCUGCCUUGGAUUGGGAUCUCAAGGAGAUUGGCGGAGGUGCCAUACCCACCAAACCGGAAAGCAAUGGCAACAUUCCGGGACGUAUUGUCUUGCAAAUGCAAAAAAUGCGCAACAUAUCGGCGCCAAAGGCAAAUGAAGAGUCCACGGCGGCACCUAGAUUUUUGCAACUGGAAUUGACGGAUGGCACCAACUCAAUUUUAGCCCUGGAAUUGGAGCGCAUACCAAAUCUAAACUUAAAGAUACCACCUGGAACCAAACUCUACUUCAAGGCUGAAAAACUACAAUUAAUGCAAGGGCUGUUAGUGCUUAAGGAAGCCGAGGUGCAAAUACUCGGCGGCAAUGUGGAGCAUAUGGUGGAAAAGUGGGAGAUAGCCCGGCAAAUGCAAAAAUAUGCUCGCAGUAAUCGUAGGUUAUCGGGAUCGGGUGGACCACCACCAUGGAUAGAUUUUGGCAAACGUUUGGAUGCCCAUCGAGAUGCACUGCCGCAGGAUAGAAACUUCAAGAGCUUGCAAGCUGCCAAUGAAAAGGACAAAAAUUCCAAAGAAAACGAUGAAUUCACUGCUUCACGUACUCAGGCAAUUGCAGAGGCUGCCAAAGCUGGUCAAAAGAAAGUUUUCGGUGGUGGCCAACAAAAUAUUCUCGAUCACAACGUUAAAAAGAUACUGGAAAAGGGCUAUUCGGAGGAGGAUGCUAAAUAUGCCCUCAAAGCAACCAACAAUAAUCUCGAGAGAGCUUUAUACAACCUCAAAAGACGAAAUAAAGGGGCAACUGAAAGUACCACUAAAGCGGCAACAACUACAGUUGGCAAUCAACGUGGCCGGGGAUCGGCCAAGGAUGAAAUUGCUCCCGCAUCCAAGCCUCAAACUAAUGUUUCGCUAUUUGACUUCUUAACAGACAAAUUGCCAGCGACGGUAACUACUGAAGCACCACCACCUCAAGCAGCCAGCAACAGUUCACAGAAUAACAGAAAUCCCAAGGAGCUUAAUAAAGGCAAAAGCAACGAUAGCAACGCAAAGCCACAAUCGAACACUUCGGGUAACAAGUUUGAAAAUAAUAUGUCCUCAAGUUUUGCGGCCAACAGAAUUAAACCCGAAGAAAAGUUCACACCGUCUCAAAACCAACAGUCCCAGCGUUCAAACUAUAAUCAAAGGGACGAACGCAGAUCCAACCCACCUAAUAAACAAGGAAACCGAGGUAAUGAGCGAGGUGGCCGUAGCAAUGUUCAAAAUAAUGAAAGAACUUCGAACAGUCAGUCGGCACCGAGUAAUGAAAUGAAAGCUCCACCACCAUCAAAUAAUGUUAACAGCAGUACCAGCACCAGCAACGGCAACGGCAAUACCAACAACAACAACAAUGCAUCUCAAAAUACAAACUAUCGUACCAACUCAAGUAGAAGAAAUGAUCGAAAUGAAAGACCACCAGCGCCACGCAAGGAUCAAAGAGAUCAAACAGCAAGACCAACUGGAAACUCUGGAGGCAACUACCAAGGCAAUAGACGUAGCCAGGAAUAUAGGACAAAUGAUAGCAGGCCUUAUCAGCAACGUGAUAACAAUAACCGCAAUACAAGCGAAAGCAAGAGCGCCAGCAAUUACCAAUCAAAUCAGCAGAACCAACCUCCCAAGACCAGCAAUGCGGACGUUGAUAAACUGGUAGAAAGUACUGCAAAGUUAACAAUACAAAACAAGAAAGAAACUUCUUACAACAGUUCGCAAAACCGCGGAGGAAGACAUCAGUAUGCGUCUACAAGAUCAACAAAUGUCUCAUCCAACAGUUCACAAUCAAAAUCCGGUGGUGGUAAUCAAGGACAGCAGGGGGGUGCACAGUUUAUUGGUUCUCUAAAUUUCACCAACAAGAUUACCCAAAACUCAUCGCCACAAGUGGCGGCUAAUCAACAACACCAGCCUCAACCACAACCAAGUUAUGUCUCGCAGUUGCCCAAUGGAUUUGCAUAUGACCCGAGUAAGAUUAUGGGUUUUCAAUCUAAGGAGGCCAAUGAAUAUGCCAUGAAUCUGUUGAAGAGCCAGGGACUGUUGCCCCAGCAAUCUCCCGUUGCCGGACCACAAGCUGCAGCCCAGGCAACGCAAGUGCCACCACCCACUCAACCACAACUUCUUGCCAAUCCACAGGCAGCGCCCGCAGUAACUUAUAUGACACCAAGUCCCAACAGUGGUUUUGUGGCAGCACCACCACCACCACAACAAGGUCCCAUACCUCAGUAUGGAAUGCUGCCGCAGGGUGGCGGCUGGAACUGGAACGUUGGUGAUUUAUGUCUGGCCAAAUACUGGGAAGAUGGAAAUUACUACGAUGCCAAGAUUACAGCAGUUUCAGAAAACACGUGUGUUGUAUUUUUUCUGGGCUAUGGUAACCACGAAGAAGUUGUUAAAACCGAUUGUUUGCCAUUGGGAGACGAAUCACACUAUCCGAUCAAUGCCUUUCAAGGUGGACCUCCGCCAACAGCAGUUCAUGCUCCCAUGCAACAAAUUCCAGCAACAUUUUUGGCAGCCAACAGUGCUGCUGGCAAUGGUGGCAUUGGCGGUGGUGGUGGUAAUCAACGUUAUCGUGGAGAACGUCAAAUGUACGUUCCACCGCCGAAACGAGGCGCCAACAACAAUUGACAUUUAAUGUCAAGCCAUGUCCACCCUUCUUCGGUACCAGCUAAUCCCACACAAACUCAAUAUCAUCCAAAUACUCAACAACAGCAGCAACACCUUCAGCCAAAUCAACCGCCAUAUUUCUACAGUUUGAAGUGAAGUGUGUUUUCGAUUCGGCAACAACAGCAGCAUUAAUUAAGCAUGAAAGAAAAUGCAUUGUAGCAUUUAAGGUUUUCUUUAACAAUAACAACAACAGUAUAAAGUUAGAUUUUUACAUUACAACAACUUAAGUAGAAAAUAUAUGAAUGAGAAUCAUCAGAAGUUUAUAACAAUUUUAAGACGAUAAACAAGAACAUAAACAAAAAACAACAGCAACCAAAAACAAAAAUAUUAUAUGGAAAUGAUAUUGAAUAUUUGUAAAUGUUUAAAAGAACAAUAAAAACAAACUAAAUAGAAA